AUGCCAUUAUAUAUGGCUGACAUGAAACUGCCGUUUUUUUUUUUACCUCACUCACAGCCAAAGACACUUGACGAAGCUCUACGAGCGGACCCGCCUUGCUAUCCUCGUGCAUGCGCGAUCCAAUCCUGUCUUCAGAAAAGCAACCACGACGAAUCCAGGUGUGCGCACUUGAUCGACGCGUUGUACGAAUGCUGUGCAGAGCUGUACAAACGGGAAGGCCCGGGUGCGAAAUCAACGUGCUGUCCGAAAGAGAGCCUCCUCAAGUUGAAGUUAAAGCAAAAGCAAGAUGCCGGUGGCUUCGGGGGUGCUGCUGAGCUUCAUGAAACUCGACGAAGAUAA